GCUCAUUUCCCCAUCAGAUUUACGCCAACGAGGAAGUACAGGCGAAGCUUCGGGCUAAUAUUUUCAGGUGAUAACUGGACAGAUAUGAGUGAAAUUAAGAAUAAUGAAGCCUCUCCGGCCAAUGCAGAUGGUGCGAGUGGAGCAGAGAAGGACUGGGCGGAGGCUAAAGCGGCCUUUGACAAUUUAAAGAGUAAAAAACCGAGACCUCCCAAACCUCACACAGCCGUCACCAUAGCUGUGUCCUCCCGCACCCUGUUUAACAUGGUGGAGGAGAGGAAGGUGUGGGAACAGGAAGGACUUGAAAGGUAUGUGUCUUAUCAGCAAGAACAUGAAGAUCAGCCUCUAAAGCCUGGAGCAGCAUUCCCUUUUGUUAAGGCUUUAAUGACUGUCAAUACUCGACUCAGGGAGCUUUACCCUGAAGGUGAGGAGCUGUUUGAUAUUGUUCUGAUGACCAACAACCAUGCGCAGGUGGGAGUGCGGCUCAUCAAUAGCAUAAAUCACUAUGAUCUACUUAUAGAGCGGUUCUGUAUGACGGGGGGUAAAAGCCCAAUUGGUUACCUGAAGGCCUAUAUGACCAACCUGUACCUGUCCAAGGAUUCAGAUAAAGUGCAGGAGGCCAUUGAGGCAGGAAUCGCAGCAGCCACCAUGUUCACUCCAGACAUGGAGACGGAGUUGAGUGAGACACAGCUGCGUGUGGCAUUUGAUGGUGAUGCUGUGCUUUUUUCUGAUGAAUCGGAGAUCAUCGUCAAGCAGCACGGCCUCGACACAUUCUUCGAACACGAAAGAAAGAACGAGAACAAACCGCUUGCUCAGGGUCCUCUAAAGUGCUUUCUGGAGGCACUUGGAAAACUCCAGAAGAAGUUCUAUGCAAAGAAUGAACGUCUGAACUGCCCAAUCCGGACGUAUCUGGUGACAGCGCGCAGUGCAGCCAGCUCGGGGGCACGAGUGCUGAAGACUCUGCGUAGCUGGGGGCUGGAGAUAGAUGAAGCUCUGUUCCUUGCUGGAGCUCCGAAAGGACCUCUGCUGCAGAAGAUCCGGCCACACAUCUUCUUUGACGACCAGAUGUUCCACAUCGAAGGAGCGAAGGAGCUGGGCACCAUUGCGGCCCACGUGCCUUAUGGUAUUGGGCAGAAAUACCAUAAAGGUAAACUGAUUGAGCAGCCGGCCAAGAAAAGCUAAGAGAUACGGUAGAGAAUUAUAUCCAGCUGCUAUCCCCAGAAACACAUCACAAGCACUCUAUUUAACUCAGCACAUUGAAAGAUUAUGCACAGAUGUUUUAACAAGUUUAUUAAGUGUAAGGUUGGUGAAAAACUGUUCCCCUUUAUCUAAUAUGUAGUCUUUUGGCCAAGACAUCUUAGCACCAUGUUUGUUUGGGUUCCUUAGGUUUUGUCUGGGUUUUGUCAGCUCCAUUUUGAUUGGCUGUCUGAAUAAACACACAUUCAUGUGUGUCUAAUGAAUAAUGAACGAGAAAUUACACUUUUUGAGAUUGUAAAGCAACUGAAUUCGUCUAUUCCGAACUGAUUCAGAGCAUUCAAAUCUCCGCACACCGAACACUGGUACCACCUGCUGGUCAAACACAUGCAAAUGCAUGGCAAAACUUAUCAGUGUAUAUUUUCAUUAGAUUUGUUUUGAUUAAUGGAGCCUAUUUUCAUUACAUUCGUUUUACAUUGCUAUUAAUGUUUACAUUCACAGUUCACAUUUAUAUUAAUAACUAUAGCUUACAUUUUAUUAGCCUCAAAACCUAAUAAAAUUACAAUUGUACAUACCAUCAGAAAACACAGCUAGAGAAUUCUGCUGGAUUUGGAAAAUGAAGCAAACUUAAGCUUGGUCUUGCCUUAAACAUAAACCUAUGAGCUGUACAUUACACCUUGCAGUGUUGCAACUGUUAUAUCCUGGCAACUUGGGUAAUUUUAGCUUAUAGAAUGUAGACACCAGCAUGUAAAUUGUGCACCAUUAAAAGUAAAACAUCUGUCAAAUAAUAGAAAAAAAAAGAUUUUUAGCUGUGUAUGUGUGUAUGCAUGUAUGACAUUUGUGUGUGGCACAGAAAAUAGAACAUGUUAUUAGCAAAACUACAUUAAAUGUACUUUAUAAUCUAAUUUGGAUUUUUUUGGGGGGUUUUAUACUCUUGGCAUAUAGUUCAUGGUGUUGUAAAAGGUGUUUCUGUUUUGUAUCCUGAGGUAUGUAUUUUUAUAUAAUUUUUGUAAAUGUUAUGCACUUCUUUCUGUAACUUUUAUAAUGGAAACUAUGGAAAAAUAGGAUUUUAUAGAUAUUUUAUUAUAGGCAAAUAUUUUGGGUAUAUAUAUUAUUUUCUAUAAUUACAGUAUUUCCAGGUUUACAUUUUUGCAAAUCCUAAUUAAAGAUUCUAAUAAAAGUAUGUUGUUGUGGAGAGGAUGGGUAAAAAUAUUCACUGUUUAGUUUUCUCAUUAUCAGGGUUGUUAAUUUUACUGCAUUGUGGGACUACAGAAUUAGUUAAUAACAAAAAACAGAAGUUUGCAAAAACAAUUUACACGACAGAGAGGUUUACUGGGGAUUGUUUCUGAAUGUGACUGAACAUUUAAAAUAGGAAAAUGUAUAAAAUAAUAAUGUAUACAUUUAUUAAACAUUAAUAAAAAAACAAUAUACACUGUACUUCUUUCUGAAUGUUAGUAAAAUGAAGAGAAAAAUAUUUUGAAGAAUUAUAUUGCAACAAUGUAGAAUCAAUGGAAACAUUUGAAAUAAAAUAGUCUACAGUUAAAUCCCCACAGAUCUCAUGUUCAUAUGUUUCUGAGAUUAGAUCACUAAAACCUUUUUUAACAUUUAUAAAUAUGUGAUGCUUUGUUCUUGGAGCUCUUGUGUUGUUUGGUAUGUUUUUUUGGUAUAUUGCCCAAUAAACUUGGAUACUCACUUUUAAA